AUGGCUGCCUCCAGGGUGAUCGCGUCUGGCGUCCGAUGCGGCGCCUGUCGCUCACGUUUUCUUAGGACCUUUGUUCCGCUCGCUGGCUUCGACUCCGCGCCCGCCUUGGGAAGAGCUCGCGCGACAACCAGGGCUUUCACAUCCGCACCAUUGCGCCUCUCGGAUAAUCUUACGAAGAACGAGCCGAGCCUGGAUAGUGCCGAAUCCAAUACUGAAUCGGCUCCUGCAUCUGCAGAUUCCCAGGAGGCAUCGGUGCCCUGGUACCUCCAAGUCGAUGCGCCUCAACAGCCGCUCGACGGCUCCGCGCACCCGUUAGCCGACAGACAGCGCAUCCCCGCACUCCCUGAACAUCCCCCGCCAAUCCUCGAGCAUCUCCUUCGCUACGUAUCUGUGGAUCUCGGCAUCGACGACGUGUCUCUCCUCGACCUUCGGGAACUCGAUCCGCCACCGGCACUCGGCGCAAACCUGCUGAUGCUUUUUGGAACUACGCGCAGUGAAAAACAUCUUCACGUCUCCGCCGACAGGCUCUGCCGGUGGCUUCGGAGCGAAUACAAGCUGAGCCCUUAUGCUGAUGGUCUGCUGGGCAGAAAUGAGUUGAAACUGAAAUUGAGGCGGAAGGCGCGAAAAGCGAGGAUGCUUUCAAAUGCCGGUGGGUCCGAAAGCAGUCUUGCUGCUGAUGACGGUAUUCAAUCAAGUUGGAUCUGCGUCAAUGUUGGCUCCGUCAAGGCCGCCGAGUCUACGCCAACAGACGGACCCAAGAUACAAAACUUCGUUGGGUUUGGUGGAGUAUCAAAGGGUGUGAACAUUGUCCUGCAAUUGUUCACGGAGGAAAAGAGGACUGAACUUGAUCUCGAGACCAUGUGGAACGGAGUGUUGAAGACUGAUAGGAGGAGGAAAGAAGCAUCGACUACGAAUGAUGCACCUGUGGAUGAAAUGUACAACCCUAACGGCGCUGUAUUCGCUGGGUCCAAUGUCCCCAAGAGCUCGAGCGCGUUCCAGCACACCAACCCCCAGGCCCCGCUACAGACUCGGGCUUUGUAUACUACAAGGAUGAAAGAAAUUGGCCUUGGAGAGCGUCAAUGA